ACGGUUAACAUCGAUCCGCGAACGUUUCUCGGCAGUCUUAUCAGGUAAAGUUUCGUUUCUCGGUGAUAAGUCUUGACUACCUGCGUUCUAUUCUCUUUGAGUCUCACGAACUAUGUUUGCAAAUUGUUUAAAAGUGAUUUAAACAGUGCUCGCAAAGUGACUAGUGUAACCAGAAUCAAUAUUUUAAACGGCUUCGGACAUUGCAACUACAUAAAUGUCGACCGAAACUAUCCUAGACGCUUCUGACGAGAAAAUGGCUCAUAAUAUGCAAAUAGAGCAGUUAACUCAACAGCAUCACAUUCAACAACAAUUGACCGAGCUUCAACAUCAGCAAUGGCAACAUGGUCAACUGAAUCAACGUCUACCACAAUUGUCGUCCGGUCUCCCCAUCUCCCAAUAGAGCGGCGAGGCCGCCUCCGCCGUCAUGAACACGAAUACCCAGGGUCAAGGGUGCUUCACUGAUAACCAACAGUUACUGCGACUAAAUCAAGUAUCGAAUUAAUGACUUCUGUGUAGGAGAACACACUGGCACUCACUUGGAUGCUCCCUUUCAUUUCAACAAAGACGGAUGGACUGUCGAAGAGAUACCACUAGAAAGACUUAUUUCUAACGGGAUAUUUAUGAACUUUUCCCAAGAGACAGCUAACAACGUUUCCUUCAGACUGGAACCUGACCACAUCGACCAGUGGAUAAAGCAACACGGUCGACUCCCCCACAACGCCAUGGUGCUCAUUAGCUAUGGUAUGUCUCCCGAUACUGCCACUAAGCUUGCCUCGAUGCCCGAAGUGGUCGGUGUCGGAGUCGAUACGCUUUCAAUUGAUGCUUCGGGGUCUGGAAAAGCCCAUCAAAUACUAACGGCCAAAAACAUAUAUCUGCUGGAAGAUGUUAACAUGGACAAACCUUGCAUCCCAGACCGAGGAUUCAAAGUAUUUUCAAUGCCCAUAAAACUGGUAAAUGGAACCGGCACCCCAGCCCGAGUUAUUAUCGUUCCAGAGGGUGGAAUAUUGAAAUAAAGAAUAUUUAAAUCUACCAAAAUACGAUUUUGAAGUUUCUAAGCCGACGUAGAUAAUUCCCUAAACUAAAAGUAAAGCUGGUAAUUAAAAGAAUUUGUCCUGGUUAUGCAGUAGUAGAGGAUGAUACAGAAGUAUGUAAAACAUAUAAAGAAAUUGGAAUAUCUGUAAACAUUAUUGUGAAACGAGAACGAAUAAACCCAG